CCACCGGGCGCUAAGCCGUCACUUACGCCGUAGUUAUCAGGGAGUUCGGAGCUCACAGACACACACACAAGAUGAAGACCGUAGCUGCCCUGCUUUUGUUGGGAGUCUCUGCCAUCGGACUGGCACAGGAGGACGAUUUCAUCUACGAAGAUUUUGUGUGCCCCAAGGACAACGGCUUCUUCGCCCACGAGACCCAGUGUGACGCCUACUGGGGCUGCAAAGAUGGCGUGCCUUCAUUCAAGCUGUGCGGGAAUGGGCUAGCCUUUGACGACAGGAAUGACACGAGAGAGCACUGCAACUAUCUGUUCACUGUUGAGUGUGGCAGCCGCACCGAACUUGAACCCCCAAUUUCCACCCCCCACUGCCCCAACCUCUACGGUAUCUUCCCUGACCCUGAUGACUGCGCCGUCUUCUGGUCUUGCUGGGAUGGAGAGGCUUCGCGUUACGCUUGCGCCCCAGGUCUGGCCUACGACAGGAAGUCCCGCGUCUGCAACUGGAUGGACAACAUUGCCGAAUGCAAACAGCAGAGAGCUGCCAUGGAACAGGACAUCCAGUGCCCUGCCCCAGGUGAACUCACUGCCACCGGAUCCUUCUCUCGCCACCCCCACCCCGAAGACUGCCGUCAGUACUUCGUCUGCCUGGACGGUGUUGCCCGCGAGUACGGAUGUCCCAUCGGCACGGUCUUCCAGAUCGGCCAAGAGGAUGGCUUCGGCCAGUGCGCUGAUCCAGAGAACGUCCCCGGAUGUGCUGACUACUACGGCGAUCUGGACCUAACCGCCCUUCGGAGGAGUCAGCUCCUGCUGGGGAAUGUAGGUCUUCAGGACAGCCAAGGUGGAAGUGCGCCCCCAGCCGCCCCAGCCCACAGACCCCGCCGCCCAGUAGCAGCAGCAGCAGCAGCAGCCCAGCCUGCUGACACAGUAGCAGAGGAAGAAGCAAUCCAGGCUUGAGAUGCCCCGGCCCCUCCCGUCAACUCCAGCAGCAGCAGUAGCGAGGACUACUACGGCGACCUGGACUUAAGGACGCUACGCGGCCUUGGUUUGAGAAAAUAAAUGUGAUUUUCAUAUAUAUAAAAAACUAUAUCAUUCGCAUAUGGAUUUUAUACAAUGUUAUUCAGAAGCGUCUUCAUUUUUUUAUAUUACCAAAAUAAUCCUCACAGUGCCUUAUAAACCAAGUUUUUAUUUUAUAUACUCUCUUUUUAUAUCUUUUUAGUACUACUUUUUUGUUUCCCAUCAAGCCUCAUUUAAAAAAAAAAGUUUUUUCUUCUCACUUUACGCAAUGAAUGAAAAACCAAAAUGAAUGAAAUUCAUUAUUUAUUUAAAGGUCAAUUAUCCAAAAUGGAAACUGCUGCUCAUAAUUUGGGAUUAGCCCUGUAUAGCCUGUACUAUAGCAGCCCUAAUUGUUUAUAGCUGUGAAACAACUAAAUUUCAGCCUUUUUCUUGAAACGUUUAGACUUCCUUUCAUUAUUCUUGUUUAGCUUUGUCAUUCAGUAAGAUCAAAACGUCCAUUCCUAAUUCAUAGGUCUAGUGUAUACGUACCUUCAGUCUUUUCCAAAGCGAAUCGAAAGGCCUAGUCUGUCUUUUUUUGCCCAAUCAAUCUUGUUGUAUUUUGGUCUUUUCGAAAGCAGAGCAAUAGUGAAUCAGCUCUUUUUUGUGUGUGAUCUGUUUCCCAGGCUGUUAAGUAAUAGCUAUAAACAGGCUAUACUCGCUGUAAAAUCUCGAGCCUUAACCUAGACUUAUGCAGGUUCAAAAGAGUCAUUCAGUUUCGACCACUUUUCUCUCCAGUAUUACCAGGACUUUUUUUCCUCCCAUGUGGGUAUCUGUACCCCACUGUGGGUAUUUAAAUAUCCCUCUGGGUAUUUAUGACCCACUGUGGGUAUUUAAAUAACCCCCCUGGGUAUCUGUACCCGAUUGUGGACGUGUUUUUAUCUUUUUUUUUUAAUUUUCUGUAAAAGCCAGUUUUGUGUAAGCCUGUUGUAUAUUGUUAAGUUGUACAAUAAUUUUAAGUAUUUUGUAAAUAAAAUACUCCAGUGAU